AUGAGGCGCGGAGUUUAUGGUGGAGGUUAUGGCAGCUAUGAUGAUUAUAAUGGCUAUAAUGAUGGCUAUGGCUUUGGGUUGGAUAGAUUUGGAAGAGAACUCAAUUACUGUUUUUCAGGAAUGUCUGACCACAGGUACGGGGAUAGUGGCUCUACUUUCCAGAGCACAACUGGACACUAUGUGCACAUGUGGGGAUUACCCUACAGAGCUACGGAGAAUGACAUUUAUAAUUUUUUUUCACCGCUCAACCCUGUGAGAGUACACAUUGAAAUUGGGCCUGAUGGCAGAGUGGUGAAGCAGAUGUCGAGUUUGCAACUCAUGAAGAUGCUGUGGCAGCUAUGUCGAAAGACAAAGCAAAUAUGCAACACAGAUAUGUAG